AUGCAGGACCUAUGCGCAAUCGUUGAAAAGAAGUGUACUCUAAUUUUGAGCGAGCUUGAGGAAUGGAAAUGCCGCUUCAAAUAUGAGGAAACGAACAAAGCGCUUUCGAGACUCAAGCGUUCGUACAACAAGAUCAAGGCACAGACUCGGCUUCCGAAGCUAGAAGAAGAUCUAAAUGAUAUGGCCCUGCAUGCAAACAGCUUGCUCCUCGCCGUAAGCAUGGAAGUUACGGCCUCAGUGGCGACCUCCAGGGAAGCUGUCAAUAAAAAGGUGGACGAUAUUUUCGCAAUUGUUUCCCGCCCACCCAUGGAUCCCGGUCCUCCACGUGAACCUGGAAAAUACAUCACUAUCGAUGAUGGAUUGAACACAAUUUUCGAACUACCACCUAGCUUCUGUGAAACGCCCCAGGUUGGUGACUCGCUCCAAGAUGAACUAUUGCUCCUACUGACCGCUGGACAGCGACUUCAACGCAUGCUAGCUAUCAGAUUUGAAUCAAUGCCCGGUCUAGAGCAGAUCAAGCAAGGGCAUUUCAUAGCAUACCAUUGGAAUAUCAGCCGUCUAAUUUGCGCCAGUGAAUGGCCGACAGUUAUCAAGGAAGGAUACGGUAUCAGAAUUGCCUUCGUGAUGGGAACGUGGCUUCCUAAAAAGCGAGAUAACUGUAUUCGGUGCCUCAAGCCCAUGAAAAAGAGUCCAGGAAUCAAAAAGGGAGAGCUAAGAAGCUGCAACUCCUGUAAUCUUGAGUUUUCCAAAUUCGCUCCCCUAGACUUUGAUUACGAACCGCAAGAUGUCAGCUUUGAUUUCUUAGGCUAUCAUGAGUACAAAAAGAAAUCCUCUCAAAAGUCUUCAAUAUCGCAUUCCCCUACAUUGGCUACCAGCGAUGCCUCCGCAGAAACUCAACCUCCGAUAGGCAGCAUCGCUAGUACUGAGCCACCUGCUAUUGAUCUUGUCUGCCGACGACUUGUUAUCAAAUGGGAACCUAUUUUCAACAUAAGUUAUAGGUAUCUAUUCUGUCGCUGCAUUGUGUGGGCGAGCACCCCAUCGCAACUGGAGCCUGAAAUGCCGGUUCCUAUCGUGGCUUCUUGUCCGAGACACAACGACAAAAGCAUCUCUUUCCUGGACUAUGGGGACGUCGACUACAGCGAUGACCCGUACUUUGAUAAGUUUGGAGGUUACGGACUUUUCCGUCUUCAUGUUCUAACAUAUUUUCCACACCUCUACAAUAUUUUGGGAGGUCAAGCAUUCAUGAGUGAUUCUGAUAAAACGAUUCUUAUGGAAAAGCUUGACAAUGUUUCAGAUGAAACGUGGGCUACAAUUCGCCCAGCGCUUGUGGAAUACAUUUUUGAUUACGUUGAUAGGCUGGAAGUGGUUGGGACUGCGUUUCCAAGCAACGUGACACAGUGGCUUGCAGAGCAGAGGUUGGAACGGGAUAGUAUUCCGGAAACUCAUAUGGAGUGGCUUGGGAGCAUAGAAGUUCGCGAGAUUCUCAACGGGGAGUGGUCAGGAAAGCCCCAUUGGGACAUUGAAGACUAA